UUUAAACCUUAGAACUUUCCCCAAUUCCUAAAGUGGAUGAUACUUUUUCUGAAAAAAGAUAUUCAUCUUUCUUCCUCGGACCAGAUCGAUUUCAACUUUACCAAAUUCAUACCAUUUCCUUCAUCACUCACAAUUUCUCCAUUCCCCAUUUCUUCUCCCCCCGAUCCAUUUUUCCUGUUCACGCGAGCUUCCCUUUACAACCUUUCCAAUCGCCAUCAAUGGUGACCAUUACCGAAGAAUCAGACGACCCAGUGCCAAAGGCGUCGAAGCCCAAACCCAACAAAUCAAGUUCGUCCACAAAGCCGCCGCCGCCGAGCACCGCCGCCGCAACCUCAAAAACCCUUCGCUCGCCGAACCCAAAUCCGUUCACCUUCUGGUUCUACUUCACUUUGAUCGUGUCUAUCAUAACCUUUUUCUUCAUCUCUUUUCCUUCUCUCUCUCCCCAAGACCCCAAAUCCUGGUUCUUAAGCUUACCCAAGAGCCUCCGUCACCACUACUCAAAGGGCCGUCUUCUAAAGGUACAGGUUAGCCCCAAUUUAUCUCCGAUAGAAGUUUUCGCCGUUGAAAAUGGCGCAAAAGGGAAUGAGAAUGUCGUCGUUGUUCAUGGACUAGGGCUGAGCUCUUACUCUUUUCGCAAGGUUUUGGACUCAUUAGGUUCCAAAGGAGUUCGUGCUGUGGCAUUUGAUCUGCCCGGCAAUGGCUUCUCCGACAAAUCCACGGCUGAGAUCGAUGAAAACUCAAAUGGGGUUUUUGGGAGGCUUUUGGAUGUCUAUAAUUUGAUUCAUGAUAAGGGUAUUUUCUGGGCAUUUGAUCAGAUCAUUGAAACAGGGCAGAUUCCUUAUGAAGAAAUUCAAAAACAUGUUCCUCAGAGGAAGAUUUUGAAGCCAAUUGGGUUAGGUCCUGAAGAAAUUGGUAGCAUUUUGGGGCAAAUCAUAGAUACUGUUGGUUUGGCUCCUGUGCACUUAGUUCUUCACGAUUCAGCUUUGUCAAUGGCGGGAUAUUGGGUUGCAGAGAAUUCACAAUCUGUGAGGAGUUUAACUCUCAUUGAUACCUUAUCAAACCCCUCGCUUCCUUUAUGGCUCUUGGAGUUGCCUGUUGCUAGGGAGGUUGUUUUAGGAUCUAAUUUUGUAUACUCAAAGUUGAUCAACUUUUGUUGUUCUAAAGGGAAUGAUGCUGCCUUGGAUGUGGAGGCUCAUAGAGUUCUUUUGAAGGGUCGGGGCGGGCGGAGAUCGGUUGUUAGCAUGGGAAAGAAGUUAAACCAUAGCUUUGACAUAGCAGAAUGGGGUGGUUUGGAUGAUCUGAAAAGUGUGCCGAUUCAGGUUAUCUGGUCGAACAAUUGGUCGAACGAAUGGAGUGCGGAGGGAAGUCGGGUUGCUGAUCUGCUUCCACAGGCAGCUUUCGUUAAGCAUUCCGGUGGACGAUGGGCUCAGGAAGAUGCAGCCAAUGCCAUAGCCGACAGUAUAGCUCAGUUCGUGUCCUCAUUACCGCUCACGGUCAGGAAAGCUGUCGAAGAGCCCGAACAUACUCAGAAAGUGUUUGAUGAAUUGGGGAACAGCGACCAGCAUCACCAUCACCACGAUCACGGCGGCCACGACAUUCAUGGAGCUGGGUACAUGGAGGGAUAUGGACUCGGCAGUCAGGCAUGGUGAACUAAUAUCCUCAUCCUUCUGACGGACAGUUCAAAAUAGAUACUGAGUCCCCCAUCUUUCCCCACGGACAGUUCUUUUUUCUUAGAAGACAUUAGAUUGUUGCUUGCUUGAUUGCCCUGAAAUGAUUUAAUCAUGUGUUGUUUCAUUGUUUGAAUGUAUCUCAUCUUACCCCUUCUUCUCUUCAAACUGAAUUUGAUUCAAAAGACUAGAAUGUAUGGCGCCCUUUAUAUAGUUUUGUCUUUAUAAAGGUAAGGAUUUCUCGUCA